AUGAAGAAGAACUUCGACUUUGUCAAUGUCACGCCGGGCGAGAAAAAUCCGGACUACAAGCGGCAGGUCCAUGUCCAGGCGAUGCGAUCGUUUCGACGCCAGCAACGACUUCGUAACGUGGAGGCGUACGAGAGGGAGACCGGCCAAGCAGUCGUCCAGAAAGAAGAGCCGGAUGAGGAACCCGCGCAGACUGUGAUCUUGGAUCGGAGUGCCUACAUAGACGCAAGCACCAUCGAUCCUUUCAAAGUACUUCCACCGGAUUUCCACGAGCACGAGGACCUACUGUUGUACUUCCAACACAGGAUAGGACCAAUGCUUCUCCCAGACGAUGCUCACCAGCCCGGGACAUCGUGGUCGACACAAUGGCUUCGCAAGUCCGUAACAUCUCCAAUGAUGUUGGCUGCGACUUGUAGCCACGCUGCGGCCUUCCUCGAUGAUGUGCAAGGCCAGCAGCUCUCGCCCAGAGCAUUGCACUUCCAAAGCCAGACGAUUCACCUUUUGAAUGAGUCUCUGGCGAACGGCGUGGGCGACGAGGCUAUUGGCACGGUGCUCAUGCUUGUUGCAAAUACUAUCAUCACGGGCAGCUCCAGCGAGAUGCAAACCCACAUGCAUGCUCUGGACAGGAUGGUAUCAAUGCGCGGUGGGCGAGAAAGCAUCAGCGAUGACUCUCCCAUACCGAUGGGUUUGUUGUGGCAACUUGGAGCUUUCUACGCCUUUCAGAAUAUGAGUCAUUGGUCUGCUAUUCUCGAGGUGCCCAGAGCGCCGGCCGUCGAUACUUCCCACGAGCUCUCCACGCUACUGGCAAAGUGUAGGGAUUUGACCCGGAUACGACUCGAGCUCGAAUCCACUCGAGGCGUCGACCAGGCCCGAUUCCGGCAGUUCAGCAACCAGAGAUCCGUCCUGGAAUGUCAGCUCGGACGCCUGCGACAUCAGCUACGAGAUCGGACACUGAACAAUCAAGAUCUAUCUGUCAUGCUCAACCGAGCCAUGUGCAUCGCGGCCUUGUUCUACGUCUUCUUCUACCUUCGACGAUUCCUCAUGGGCGGCGCGUUGACGGACGACAUGAUCGAUGAACUCGCGCAAGUCCUGACCUCCGUGGACGAGGCUGGCCUGGCGAGUGACCCUGCAGCCACGGAGGAAGACAGGAAAGCGGCUCUUUGGGCUACGACCAUUGCGUCGCGAUUUGCGCAAACCUACUCUCAGCUUGAGUUUACCCGACGAUUCGCGCGGAAGCUGGCUCAAUCUCUAAAUUGCGUGACCGUGGACGACUGGAUGGCAGUGCUGGGCGGUUUCGCGUGGCCCGGUCAAGCUUGGAACUCAACGAUUGUCGACUUGACGGGAGGCUCACCGUCUUGA